GGUUGGUGUGUGAACAGGAAGUGCGGGGCUGGUGCGGGGCGCUGGGCUGUUUUGGGCUGUAUUUUGCGGGAUUUAGGGGUUUUAUAAACUGCAGAAAUGUCCCGAAUCCGCCUGGAUAAGCUGGCGGCUCUGUUCGAGCGGUACCGGGACUAUGUGACUCGGAACCCGGGCGCCGCCUCGCAGCUGGAGAGCGCCGUGCGGACCCUGUCCUACCUGAUAGCAGGUCGCUUUUCAGACUGCCAUGAGCUCUCAGAGUUGGUGUAUUCAGCGUCUAACCUGUUGGUGUUGUUAAACGAUGGGAUUCUGAGAAAGGGGCUCUCCAGGACUCUGCCGGUGUCUCUCUCCCAGCAGAGGCUUCUGACCUGGCUCUCUGUGCUGGAGUACGUGGAGGUGUUCCUGGAGAUGGGGGCCACAAAGUUGUGGGGGGAGACCGGACGCUGGCUGGUCAUCGUACUGAUUCAGAUCGCAAAAGCCAUCCUCCGCACCCUCCUGCUCUUCUGGUACAAAUCAGGCCUCCAGACUUCACCUCCCAUAAUCCCCCUGGACAGAGACUCUCAGCUGAGUAAACCAGAGCAGGACAGGCAGGAAGUGGAGGAAGAUCAGAGUUUUGUAGGGCAGAGGUCGGGGAGGAUAAUGCGGCCGUUGGGAAAUGCACCUUCACUGCAUGCACGACUGUGGGGCGUUCCCGACAGAGACAGACGGAGGAAGCAUCAGGAGGAGGAGCUAAACUCAAGCCCCACCCCUCUUGGAGUUCAGGAGACCGUUGCAGAAUCCCUGUACAUCUCACGACCCCUGGUGCACCUGGCCUGUCUGGGGCUGUGCGGCAGACGCUCCUGGAAGCCGUGGCUCGUCUCCGGACUGCUGGAGAUAACCAGUUUCAGUUUGCUGAGUGACAGUACGAAGUCUCUGAACCGCAGAGAGAGGGCGGAGAUGAGGAGGAGAGCCUUCCUUCUGCUGUACUAUCUGCUCCGAUCACCUUUCUACGACAGAUACUCCGAAACGAAGAUCCUGUUCCUCCUGCGGUUCCUGGCCGACUACGUUCCUGGAGUAGGCUUGGUUGCACGUCCGCUGAUGGAGUAUCUACCUGUCUGGCAGAAGAUCUACUUCUAUAACUGGGGCUGAUUCUGGAGCUGAGAGGCUGAAGGUCAUGAUGACCCGCAUGCUGGAGCCCAUAGCUCUGCUGGAGAAGCUUACAGGGACACACACACACACACACACAUCUACACACCUGUGCCAGAACAUCUCUGCUGAUAAUCUGCGAGCUGAAGAUGAGGCGCUGCUGACGCAUGUGGAUGGCAGGCCGUGCUCUGCUCCGGGCUCAGGGCUUUGGGCGACACUUUAAUUUGGUUGUUCGAUUGAUUAUCUAGAGUGAUUUAAUAGUAAUGCACAGAUACUGAUUGAGUAAAUUCACUUAAUUCAUUAAUUGUUCUUUUUAUAAUCUGUUUGGUUUUGUUUGUUACUUUGACUGUUAGAUUAUGUUCACACAGCAGGUAAAAGUGGCCCAAAUUUAUUGUAUUCUGAUAGUCAAAAGUCAAAGUCAAAGUGGUUUUUAUUGUCAUUUCAGCUAUAUACAGAGUACACAGUGAAACGAAACAAUGUUCCUCCAGGGACCAUGGUGCACAUAAACACAGUGUAGACACAACAAUAAGUGCAGCAGUACAAAAGUGCAGACAGACAAUACAACACCAUACAGACAAAGAAUAAUAAAUAACAAGACAGUGUGCAAAUUAUGCAGUGUGCAAAAAAGACCAGGUGAGGUAGUAAUUACUCUAUUACACAGUGUGCAAUAGAGUCCAGUGAGGUAGUAGGGUUUUUAGUGCUUUCCAUUUUCUGGGGUAAGUGGGGUAAGAGUGUGUGUGCAUGUACAGAAAAACCAUCAGUUCAGUCUUUGCAGUUGAGGAGUCUGAUGGCUUGGGGGUAGAAGCUGUUGCAGAAUCUGGUCGUGCUGGACCGGAUGCUGCGGUACCUUCUUCCCGAAGGCAGGAGGGAGAACAGUUCGUGUGAGGGAUGGGUGGGGUCAUUCACAAUGCUGGUUGCUUUGCGGAUGCUGCGGGUGGUGUAGAUGUCCGUGAUGGAGGGGAGAGAGACGCCGAUGAUCCUCUCAGCUGUCCUCACAAUACGCUGGAGGGUCUUGCAGUCAGAGACGGUGCAGGUCCCAAACCAGGCAGUGAUGCAGCUGCUCAGGAUGCUCUCAAUGGUCCCUCUAUAGAAGAGUGUGAGGAUGGGUGGAGGGAGACAGGCCUUUCUCAGCUUCCGGAGGAAGUAGAGACGCUGCUGGGCUUUCUUGGCUGUAGAGCUGGUGUUCAGGGUCCAGGUGAGGUUAUCUGCUAAGUGGACACCAAGGAACUUGGUGCUCUUAACAAUCUCCACAGAGGACCCGUCGAUGUUGAGUGGAGAGUGGGUGUGUUGUGCUCUCCUGAAGUCAACAACCAUUUCCUUUGUCUUGUCCACAUUCAGGUGAAGGUUGUUGACUGUACACCAGUCUGUCAGCCGCUGCACCUCCUCUCUGUAUGCUGACUCGUCGCCUUAACUACCUUACCGAGGAGAGAACUAAUAUUAGCGGUGAACUAUCUAAUAUUAGCGGUGAGCUAGCUAUGUUAUCAAGAAGAAAACUAAGUUUAACAGAGAGCUAGCUAACAUUAGCAGUGGGCUAGCUAUGUUACCGAGGAGAGAACUAAGGUUAGCAGUGAGCUAGCUAACAUUAAGGUGAGCUAGCUAACAUUUGUCUAAGCUACCAGAAAAAGAACUAAGGUUAGCGGAGAAUUAGCUAACAUGCUAAUGCUACCGGGGUGAGAACUAAGGUUAUGGGGGAGCUAGCUACCGUUAGCGGCGUGCUAGCUAACAUGUUAACAUAAGAAAGGGGAAACAUUAAGUUUUGAUUUCCAAUACAAUACAUUAUUUUAUUAUAUAUAUUAUUAUUAUGACUACAUUUUGGGGUCUUAAAUUAUAUUUAUCAAGGUCUUAAAAAGCAUUAAAUUUGACUUUCAUUUUCAUAAAGUUUUAAGAAUUCAGAAAUCAAUAUUUGGUGGAAUAACCCUGAUUUUAAUCACAGUUUUCAUGCAUCUUGGCAUCAUGUUCUCCUCCACCAGUCUUACACACUGCUUUUGGAUAACUUUAUGCUGCUUUACUCCUGGUGUAAAAAUUCAAGCAGUUCAGUUUGGUGGUUUGAUGGUUUGUGAUCAUCCAUCUUCCUCUUGAUUAUAUUCCAGAGGGUUUUAGUUUGGUCAAAUCAAAGAAACUCAUCAUUUUUAUCAAAACUCAUGAAAGUGGUCUGUCUAAAUGCUUCACAUUGUUUCACUUUAACCUUCAGUUCACCAAAAAAAAAAAAAAAAAACAUUUGAGCAUGAAUUCUGAUCUGGCCGUUCAGAUAGAGAGACAUAUUGAAUUGACCCAAAUCGGAAAUAAUAUCAGAUUCAGCUACGCGAACUACAAACCUGCCACAGUUGAUGUAAACCAGGGGUCGGCAGAUAUUUUCCAAGCCAUUUCAUGGUGGGCCACAACAUUUUUUUUUUGGAAAAUGAAGUGUAAUGGAAUGACUAGUUGCUAGUACAGACUAGUAGCUCUCCAGCCCAGAGGGUUGUUGAACCCAAUUGCAGAACAGUUGAUCUCAAAGCAGGUAAACCCAAGAAGAAAGAAAAAAAAAAUGAAAGAAAAUUAAUUACACCACUCCUCACACACGGACCCGUGUCGCGGUCGCGGUCCAAUACACUACUACUGCCCCGGCUAGUGAAUUGAGACACGGCCAGGAAAAAACGCCCUUAUAAGGAGUAAACUAAAGUCACGCCGAGCGCAACAGAGAGAGAGACAGGGGAGGAAUGUAAACAAAAACUCACCAGAGAAGCAUUUUAUUUUUUAUUAUUAUUAUUAUUAUUUUUUUUUUUUUUUUUUAUUAUCGUUCAUUAUAGUUCGAACAAUCUCAAGGUCCAGAUGUUUCACACCUAUUGCCGACCCCUGUUGUAAAACAUCAGAUUUGGGCCGCUUUUUUAUACCUGUUGUGUGACUGUAGCCUUAGACAUUCUUUUCAGCUAAAAAAUAGUUAAAUACUACCUGUUUUGAUCUCAUCGUGCCACAUUUUACACUUCUGUUUUUAUUACAGUAAAUAAAAAUGUCUAUUAUUUCCUUUUAAUGUCAGUUAUUUAAAGCGCACAUAUCUUUCACUGUCAGAUUUGUGGUAUUUCGAUUUUUUUAAGAGCUUUAUGAAAGAAAAACAGCCAUAUGGUGUGUCCCAUUUGCACACUUAUUACUAAUAUUAACUAGUUUGAGUUGAGUAAGAGGUAUGUACAGCUGUAGACUGAAAACAUUAGAAUUUGACAUUAAUUUACAAGUUCAUAUUCAUAAAGUUUUAAGAGUUCAGAAAAUCAAUAUUUGGUGGAAUAACCCUGGUUUUAAUCACAGUUUUCAUGCACAUUGGCAUAAUGUUCUCCUCCACCAGUCUUACACACUGCUUUUGGAUAACUUUACCCAAGGAGGGUGAAGACUAGUACAUGCCUCCUCCGACACAUGUGAAGUCAGACUCCGCCUCUUUUUGAACUGCUGCUGAUGCUGUAGCAUUGCCGAAUAGCAUCACAGCGCUAACGCUCGAAGGAAAGUGCAACGACUUGGUUCUGAUACAUCAGCUCACAGACACAGCCUUGUGCUGAUCCACAUCACCUUUUAGGAGUGAUGAGGGGAAAGAGCGCCAUCUACUGUACCCCCCCAGAGAGAGCAAGACCAACUGUGCUCUCUCGGGGCUCCAGCGGCUGAUGGCAAGCUACAUGACCAGGAUUCGAACCAGCGAUCUAUAAACACAGUGGAUCAACACCAGCAGAUGACAGACAUGACUCUCCAAACCAUCACUGAUCAUCAGUAAAUUUUACAUUUCAUUUAAAGGAAAUCAAGGGAGCAGAAUCUGGAGGAAGAGUGGAGAGACACACAGUCCAAACUGCUCGAGGUCUAGUGUGAAGUUUCCACCAAUCAGUGAUGGUUUGGAGAGUCAUGUUUGUCAUCUGCUGGUGUUGAUCCACUGUGUUUUAUUAUCAAGUCUAAAGUCAGUGCAGUUUUGUUUUCCCACAAAAUCUUACAGCACUUCAUAUCUUACAGCUUCCCUCUGCUACUGACAACUUUUAUGGAGAUGCGGAUUUCAUUUUCCAGCAGGACUUGGCACACUGCCAAAAGUACCAAUUGGUCUUAUAUAACAUUAACACAUUUUUUAAAUAAACGAUUAAAAUAGAUCACUCUGUGUUUAAUACAUCUUUACAAUGUACGAGUUUUACAUUUUGAACUCAAUUACUGAAAUAAAGUAACUUUUCAAUUAUAUUCUAUUUUUUUUGAUACCUGUAGUAAUGUGAUUUUUUUCAACAUAUGUUUAGUGCAUGUAAUUGUGCACUCACUGUUUUGUAACAUGGAUCAGUCACCUAUCUAAAGCACAUUUACAGAAUAUUAAGAGUAUAUCAUGUUUAAUAUUUCUAGAGAACUCAAAUUAUAACUACAGCAAACCAACCAGCAUUGUAGGCAAUGAAUGGAUGACUUGGCUAAUUGUUCACUGUGUGAAAUUAAAGAUCUUUUUGUUUAGUUUUUUUUUUAUAAUUGGGUAAAACUGACCUGGUAAAAUGUGAUUUUGUUCAUUUGAGAAUGCAAACCUGUAAUGAUUUUAUUUAAGGUAUUUUAUCUAGGAAAAUCAGGAUCCUAUUAAACUAAUUUUGAAUGGAAA